AGAUCCGGAGCGGGCAGGGGAUCCGGAGCCCGCGCCCCCAGGACCCACCCCUGCGCGGCCCAGUGGCUCCAUGUACCCGGAAUCCACCACGGGCUCCCCGGCGCGGCUCUCGCUGCGGCAGACGGGCUCCCCCGGCAUGAUCUACAGCACUCGCUAUGGGAGCCCCAAAAGACAACUGCAGUUCUACAGGACCCUCCGGCAUCUCCCGUGCGGACGCGGCGGCCGGCGGGCCGGGCUGGACCAUGCUGUCCAUGACAUACAGCGAGAGCCUGCGGAGCGUGAGCAGCCGCUGCCCCUCGGACUGGGCGCUGCCCACCGUGCGCCAGGCCGGCACGCUGGAGCUGCAGCGGCUGCGGGACGUGCGGGCAGCCGCCCGGGCCCGGAACAUGGAGAGCUUCCUGCGCACGCACGGCCUCUCCCUGGACGGCUGCACCGCCCGGCAGACGGGCAUGAAGUACCGGAACCUGGGGAAGUCGGGCCUGCGGGUCUCCUGCCUGGGGCUCGGAACAUGGGUCACCUUUGGAGGCCAGAUCACCGACGAGAUGGCGGAGCAGCUGAUGACCUUGGCCUACGACAAUGGCAUCAACCUCUUCGACACGGCGGAGGUGUACGCGGCGGGCAAGGCUGAAGUGGUGCUCGGCAACAUCAUCAAGAAGAAGGGCUGGAGGCGGUCCAGCCUGGUCAUCACCACCAAGAUCUUCUGGGGAGGAAAAGCGGAGACCGAGAGGGGCCUCUCCAGGAAGCACGUCAUAGAAGGCCUGAGGGCGUCUCUGGAGCGGCUGCAGCUGGAGUACGUGGACGUGGUCUUCGCCAACCGCCCGGACCCCAAUACGCCCAUGGAAGAGACGGUACGAGCCAUGACCCACGUCAUCAACCAGGGGAUGGCCAUGUACUGGGGCACGUCACGCUGGAGUUCCAUGGAGAUCAUGGAGGCCUACUCCGUGGCCCGGCAGUUCAACCUGAUCCCGCCCAUCUGCGAGCAGGCCGAGUACCACAUGUUCCAGCGGGAGAAGGUGGAGGUGCAGCUGCCUGAGCUCUUCCACAAGAUCGGCGUCGGCGCCAUGACCUGGUCCCCUCUGGCCUGCGGCAUCGUCUCCGGGAAGUACGACAGUGGCAUCCCGCCCUACUCAAGAGCCUCCUUGAAGGGCUACCAGUGGCUGAAGGACAAGAUCCUGAGCGAGGAGGGCCGGCGCCAGCAGGCCAAGCUGAAGGAGCUGCAGGCCAUCUCGGAGCGGCUGGGCUGCACCCUGCCCCAGCUGGCCAUAGCCUGGUGCCUGCGGAACGAAGGGGUCAGCUCCGUGCUCCUGGGCGCCUCCAGCGCGGACCAGCUGAUGGAGAACAUCGGGGCCAUCCAGGUCCUCCCCAAACUGUCGUCCUCCAUCAUCCACGAGAUUGACAGCAUCCUGGGCAACAAGCCCUACAGCAAAAAGGACUACCGGUCGUGAGCGGCCCCGCCGGACGCUGUGCCCCCCCCCGUCUGUCCGCUUCCAGCUGUCUUGAGGCCAAGUCAGGCACGUGGCUGGCACCCAGAGCAAACUAGCACCGAGGGCCCGGAAACUGCCCUCUGCCAGCCCCCGCCGCUGCUUCACGGGGCCGAGGUGGGGGGCGGCCCUGAGCCCCGCGCGUCCCCGCCAGCGCCUCUGCCCCGCCUCCAGCGCAGCCCCCACCCCGGUGUCCACAGGCUGUGGACCCCCACUCGGAGGAGGAGAGCAGUCUGGGCCCUCAGGCCCCUUCUCCACCGCCCCGGCCCUCCCAGCCGUCCGACCCACCCUUGCUGGCAGGGGAGGGGUCUGGGGGGCGGGCUCUGCAGCGUGGGACCCCCAGAAACGGUGACACCCCUCCUCACACACCAGGCGUGAGCCCCGACAGGGAGGCCAGGACCUCGGGUGGGGUCCGGAGGAGCAGGCUCCAGCCCAGGCCCCCCCCGGCCCAGAGCUGCACCCCCACAAGGCCCCAGGCCGUGCUUGCAGCCCCCCAGGGAGACCCCGUUGGGUGUUCGAGAGCGUGUGAGGGCCAGGGGGCCCCGCAGCGCCUCCCAGACCACACAGGGACAUGCUCAGCUGUGGGAGCCAGAGCUUGUAACAGGCCGGAGGGUCAGCCGUGGCCACACUGGGCUCAGGAAAGAAGGGUGGGCAGCCCCUCUGCAGCCUCGGCCUGCUGCAGGGGCUGGAGGGGAGGGGAGGGGAAGGGUCCCAGCAGGGAGGUCAGGAGCCAGGCUUGCCCCCCCCCAGAAAGGGCCCCUUCCCACCCCGUGGGGACGGGCUGAGGGCCAGCUGCUCCCCACCCGUGCUGCCCCCACAGCCUGACCCCGUCACACCCAUCCCAGACAGCACCAUCACCAGUGCGGGGUCACCCCUGCCCUGCCCUGCCCUGGGGAGCCUGGACCCCCCCCCCCGAGUCUCGCGCUGGUGGAGGUGGCACCGGGCUGGGGGCCAGGGGCCUGUCUGUGGGGAGGCUGCGCCCUUGCCGUGACCUUGACCAAGCUGGGGGCCCAGGCCAGUGCCUGGCCAGGACCACCAUGGGCACCACUGGGGGGGCAUAGGGUGCGAGAGCCCCCCCUAGGGAGACUGUGAGCAGGGAGAUGAGGGGCCCUCGGUGGGGGUUGCCCAGACUGCAGAGUGUGGUGGGGGGGGUCUGUCUUCCUUCCCCGCCCCCAGCCCAUCGUCCAGUUACUGCUGUCCAAGGAAGAUGUCCGGAUCGGCCGCCGGCCCUGCCGCCUUCCCCCACCCGGUGUAAAUAGGCGUUUCUCCCUCCCCGGCAGAGGCCAGACCCAGUGACCCCACCAGACUCAGCCUCUGUAUUUACGGAAUGAAAAUAAAACCCAAGGCCCAUGGG